GUGAUUUCCGCAUGAGUGACUUUGGGAGGAGGGUGGUCAAAGUUCCAGGUCCAAAGUCAACAAACAGCCACGGUCUUAAGAUGAAGGACCCUAUCAGCACCUGCUCUUAUAACCAGCUCUAUCAGAAUGUGAAGAGAUUUUCAAAAAACGGGGAGUACUUCUGCAAAGAGCUUAUGACAGUUUUUCAGCAAAGAGCUGAGCUGGAACAUACCUAUGCCAAAGGACUACAAAAACUUGCUGGCAAACUCAUCAGGGCCUCCAAAGAAAUGCCAAACAAUUCCACCUACAGCGCCUGGUGUCAUGUGUCAGAUGAGAUGUACUCGAGAGCCGAUGCCCACAGAUCAUUAGGAAAUGCAUUUCAGCAGGAGGCAAUUCUGGAAAUACGACAAGUCUUAGACGAGCAUAAUAAGAGGAAGAGGCCUCUUGACAGUGCCAUUGAAAGAACUGGAAAACUUGUUACUGCUAAUUGGAGUGAGCAACUGAAGAUAAAGAAGAAAUUAAAUGGACUAACAAGAGAGCAUGAGGCUUUGUUCAACUUUGUUGAAAACAACAAACAAAUUUGCACAGAAAAAGAAAAACAAAAGAUGCUGAACAGGCUGACUAAGUCAGCAGAGAUGCAGGCGCGGGUGGAUGAGGAGUACUUUAAUAUUAACACGGAGGGGCAUCAGAUGAGACUCAAGUGGGAAAACACACUGAAAAACUGCUACCAGAUCAUACAGGAGCUGGAGAAACAGCGAAUUGAAGUUCUGUGCAAUACUCUGAAUCGAUACAACCUCCACAUGUCCAGCUUUGGACAGACUCUCAAACAUGGCCAAAGACAGAUAGAACAGACCGUCCAAAGGGCGGACAUGGAUAAAGACAUACAAACUCUGGUGGAGGAAAACAGCAUCACCGCUGACGAUCACAAAACUGAGUUUCUGAUGGCUGAUUAUUUUGAGGAGGACAGCAAAUCAUUCAUGGCCAAAGACCGAAGAAAAGAGGCCAUUAAACUCAAACUCCAGCGCCUGGAGGAAAGCAUUACAAAAACAAAGAAGGAUCGAGAAGGAAUUGAAAAACUGAUGAGAACAUAUUCUGAAAAUCCAUCUUUCUCAAACCAAAAGAACCUCGAGGAAACUGAGCAGCAGAUUGAUGAGUGUACUCUAAAACUGGAUCUUCUCGAGGCCACUCACUACAAACUCUCUGCAUCACUGUCUGAAAUAGAGGGAGGACCCAAGUCCUUUCACCGAUUUCGUGACAGCAUUGUAAAAUGGAAAGAUAAGGACUGUGAGCACAGCGUCGUUCAACUGACUCGUCCAGUCAAACUCAGGAGGGCUCCAUAUAGAUCCCGACAAUCACUGAGAGCUUCAAUCAUUUACAAAGGGCCCUCUCAGUUUGGGACGCAGCAGCCUGUGGAGGCUUUACCGAGUGCCACCGACCAAGUCACUUCCACAGCUGUAACACAUGAAACUGCAGCUGCAGAGUGUGUCGGCGCCGUUAACGGAGCCCUGUCUCACACUGAUGAUGACAAAGAACAAGGUCAAACGACAUCAGAGCUGGGCAGUAUAGGAAAAUGCAAGGCCUUGUACAGUUUCACACCUGAACAGGAUGAUGAAUUGGCAUUGACAGAAGGAGAUCUGCUAGACAUUUAUGGAAAGGAGGAUAAUGGUUGGUGGUUUGGCAAACUUCAUGGGAAGACAGGCCAUUUCCCAUCAGCCUACGUCGAGGAGCUGCCUGUGUUGGGCGGCGUCAAAUCAUCUGAUGCCUGAGUGACUUAACUCACCACCAAAUGAACAAAACUCAUCCUGAAUCAAAGAGAUUCACUUCUGCCAAAAAAUCAGUGGCAACAACUAGGAGCCUUGUACCAACUACAACUACUGUAGUGUACUGACUGAUGAUAUGCAUAGCUUUAAAAUGGUUAAUAAAAACAAAAGUAUGCAGUUUAAUAAUA